GAUAAAGGGCGGGCUCGGGGAGCGGGGGGGACGUACGCGCAAGGCUGGCGCGGUCGCUCGGGGUGCACGGCGCGGCUUGAGCGGGAAAAAAGCUGCUGUUGCAGAGUAAUGUGCUUCAUGAUGACAAAGGUGAAGGCACGUUGUUCUUGCUCCUCCUGCCUCUGAUUCAAGUUUCUUUGGAGAAGAAAGCCUUAAGAUGGCAGGCAAAGGAAGUAACACAGACUGCAUGUCGUGCAGCGUACUGAACUGGGAGCAGGUCAGCCGUCUGCAUGAGGUUCUUACAGAGGUGGUUCCAAUCCAUGGACGAGGUAACUUCCCAACACUGAAGAUAACUCUGAAGGACAUUGUUCAGACUGUUCGGAGUAGGCUGAGUGAAGCAGGCAUUGUGGUACACGAUGUCCGUCUGAAUGGCUCUGCUGCUGGUCAUGUCCUGGUCAAAGAUAAUGGGCUGGGGUGCAAAGACCUGGAUCUCAUUUUUCAGGUUUCUCUUCCAAGUGAAGCAGAGUUUCAGCUAGUUAGAGAUGUGGUGUUGCGAUCCCUCUUGAAUUUCUUGCCAGAAGGAGUAAGCAAGCGAAAAAUCAGUCCAGUUACACUGAAGGAAGCCUACAUCCAGAAGCUGGUCAAGGUGUACACAGAGUCUGACCGCUGGAGCUUGAUAUCGCUUUCCAACAAACAUGGCAGGAAUGUGGAGCUGAAGUUUGUUGACUGCAUACGACGGCAGUUUGAGUUCAGUGUGGACUCCUUCCAAAUCAUACUGGACUCCCUGCUCUUUUACUAUGACUACUCGGAAACCCCCAUGUCGGAGCACUUCCAUCCGACUGUGAUUGGGGAGAGCAUGUAUGGAGACUUUGAAGCAGCUUUUGAUCAUCUCCAGAACAAGCUGAUAGCUACCAAAAAUCCUGAAGAGAUCCGAGGUGGCGGGCUCCUGAAAUACAGUAACCUCUUAGUACGAGACUUCAGGCCCAUGGAUAAGGAUGAGAUCAAAACAUUAGAGCGCUACAUGUGCUCCCGAUUCUUCAUAGACUUCCCAGACAUCCUGGAUCAGCAGCGCAAACUAGAGACCUACCUCCAGAACCACUUCUCCAAGGAAGAGAGGAGCAAAUAUGACUACCUCAUGAUUCUGCGCAGGGUGGUGAAUGAGAGUACGGUCUGCCUCAUGGGACAUGAGCGAAGGCAGACUCUCAACUUGAUUUCUCUGCUAGCACUCAAAGUGCUGGCAGAACAAAACAUCAUCCCUAAUGCCACUAAUGUUACCUGUUACUACCAACCAGCACCUUAUGUUAGUGAUGUAAACUUCAGUAACUACUAUCUUGCAAAUGCUCCUGUGCCGUACAGCCAGUCCUACCCCACUUGGUUGCCUUGCAAUUGAUCACUUCACUUGACUGUUCUUGAAUAGAGGCUACUGAAGACCAAGAUGCUGAGUGUAUUUAGACAAAUAAUAACUAUCAGUUGGAGGUUUUCUAAUGGAAACAUGACUGCAUUGGACUGUCCAUUUCCUGGUGUGCAGUAGGAAUAUGCAACCAGGUGACCUGCUAUGAACCUUUCAGUCUCUACAAAUGCCAAGAAGCCUUAUUACCUCUUCAUUAGGAGAAGAGAACCAGCAGCCAGAUGUUAGAGGAGUAGUUGCAAAACUUGGUACUAGUUCUGGAAAUGGCUAUUAAUAUGUGACCUCAGUGGAAUAUUCAGUAAACUGGGUUAGUUAGUAGAGGAAAGACUGUAAAAAGUCUUGAGCAGAAGCCACUCCUGCAACAGCAAUGAAACUCUGCUUUCUAUUGCCUAACCUCUUUACUCUGUACUUCCUCAGUUCAAGUUCUGGCCAACGUUCUGUUUGACUGUGCAAAGGUGGACUCAUGUUAUGCCUGGGCUGCUUCUACUUUCUGGCUGUGUAGAACUGGUGACUGUAUGGAUACUGUCUGUCUUGUAGAGGGCCUAAGUGUUGCUUCCUGCAGUACCUAGGGACACAUGGUUCUGCCUCAGGUUCAAGAUUAAUUUGUUGGAAGUUAAAGAUCCAUUAGUAAGUCUAUCUCUAAAAUAUAAGCUGGCUAAUUUUUUCGUGAGUACAAAAAUUUGCCAGGUUGCAUCUCCAAACAUGUAGCAGAACACAAGCUAAAACUUUGUAAGGUGAAAAGUCCUUCAAAUGAGGAAUUUAAGCCUCAAAUAGAAUUGGAACCACAGCUUGAAUAGUUAGGAUGGAAAAAUACUGUUGAGUCCAGGCUCAAGAUAAAGCCUUUCUGACUGCAUCUUUCAAAACAAUUUUUGGCACAGUUGGAAAGUACCACAGCUCUUUGCACUGAGGUUUUGCCCAAUUUUCUUCCUCACAGGUCCACAGCAAGCAAAAACAAACACACAGCCCCACCCCCCCACACCCUUUCCCCCCAAAAAAACCCAAACCACUGUAAGUUGCAGGAUAAUGUGCACUUCUGCCACAGUAUAAAUUCCUAAAGUGCCUAGUAAAAUUACUUUCUUCUUGUACAACUUCAGGCAGGUCCUGAAGGCUUGUUUUUUUGUCACCACUUAAGAGUUGUGCUUACUUGCCACAAUCACCUGGUCACUGUAUAAGAUGGUAUUUUGAGUGGUUAGAGUCAAAUUUUUCCUGUGUAUGACUCUCACUUGAAGAGGUAUAUGAAUGCUAAGCAGAGCUCUCCACAGAGGCUGUGUGUGGUGAAAGUUUGCCCCUGGAGGUGUAUAUGCUCCCUUGGAGGUGUAGGUGGCUGACCUUCCUAAAGGGUAUGUGCUGAACUUGCUGAUUUGAAACUCCUGUGCAUUAUAAGGAAUAUUAAAAAUUCUGCAGUUAUGUAUAUAGCAGCAUUAGAAACUGGUGUAUUAAUUAGAUGAUUUUCACUGAAUUGCAAUAGUAAAAUACAUAUAGCAAAUGAUCUUGAGUUUCCUUUGCUUAACCAGAGAAGUAGUAUGGAAAGACAAAUAUUAGAGGUAUUUAAUAUGUACUGGUGCAAUGUUUAAAAAUACUUGUUUGCUAAACCUUUUUUAUGACUGUCGCUGCAAGCUCAUGAGACCAAAGUGCCUGACAAAACAAAUGAUUUAAGCUUAGAAGGUAAAGCAGAAAGCAAGUGAAACACCAAUGUAUGGUUGCUGUUAAAGGUGGGAAACAGUAGCAGUGCAGCACUUAAAUGGCAGUAAAAAACCCUAUGUUCCUAUUAGGACCAAGAACUUCUAGUUAUGUUGCAAGUUCUCUUGCUUUUAUAACUACUUCAUAAAGACUGCCUCAAUAAAGCAGUGAGCCUGCUUUUUUUCAGGCUUCAUUUAGCUUAGGAAGACAAGGAGGGAUACAAUCUAGAAAGCAGACUGUAGCCAUGCAUGCUUUAGCUUUAUUUUUUGAACAGUUUUGUAAGCAACUUAGUAGCAAAUAACAAAUAAUUUGGUCUCUUUUGUUGUGUGUUUUUUUUUUCAUUAAAGACUUCCUGUGUAGUCAUCCAAAGCUGCUAAACUUGAAAGUGAACCCAGCCUUUUUCACUAGCUGUGGCUUGGACUUGAUGUAGCUUAUAGACAAGGCAUCUCUCACUCAAGACUUCAACUAUGUGGAAGGCUUUUUAAAAACAAAUAUGAUGCCAGUGUUGUGUGUUAAACUUAGUGCAAGCUUGCUGCUGGAAUGCGAACUUAGGCGUGAAUAGCUUCUGCAUGCAAGGCAAUACUUGGCCUAAUAUAGAGUAUCACUAGAAAGAAGGAAGUUGUUUGUUUAGGAGUUUAAUUGCUAUGGUCUCUUAAAUAGCUGUUUCUAAAGCUGACCUAAGCUAUACCCAUUGCAGAAGUAAACCAUUGGCUAAAGUGACAUUGUUUGAUUUGCAUAUCAAAUAGCCUAGGCUCAUUUAUCUGUUUUGUGCGAUCUCAUGGCUGAUCUUUAGAAACUUCUCUGUGCAUCAGCUUGUGUGAAGAAGUGGUCAGAUGCUCAGGAGGAGUCCUCAUAAGCUUGAAACAAACUUAUGUUUUACUGGUCUUUGAAUGCCUUGGCUGCUGGACAUCAGGCCAGGUACAUCUAUUGGAAAAGGCAGUGCUAGAAAGAAGGCUCUAAUAAAUUCCUACUGAGACAGAGCUAUGGGGAAUUUAAGCUUCCUGCCAUAAAUAUCGUGCUUUUGCCAAUGUAACCUGUUGCUUCCAAGGAAGCUUUGUGUUGAAUGGUUGAUCCAUGAACAGCUGACUUCCUGGGUUUAAGCUUUGAAGGACUGCUGUGUUCCCUGUUUGUCUAUUAAGUUUCUCUGGUGUAUUAAAAAUACUGAUGCUUUGUAGCCUGGCUGCUGGGUGUUAAGCUCUUGAAUAGUUAAACUACAUCCUGAAGCUGCACACUACCUACUGCUCUGGCCCUACUGUAUAAGGUGUUGCUGGGACACUGUUUAUCUCAAUGUCUUCAAAAUAAUCCUGGCUUGGCAGGUAGAGCAGGUAGUUUUUCAUUACUGUGUUGCCAGCAGUCUACUCCUUUCUGUUUCGAGUUGUCCUAGCAGCCUGAUAUUAUAUAAGGCAGUGGCUUAGUUUGGUGUGUGCUAGCUGGUUUGAGUUCAAGUUUAUCUGGCCUCUCUAGCAAGCAGUAGCAUGAGAAUGAGUGCUAGGUAAAAGUUAAAAAUUAUGACCUUAGGCCAAGUCUAUGCUGCCUGCUUGAUUCAGUCUCGUUUAGUACUUAAUGAUGCCUCUGCAAACCUGUUCUAUCCUCUGUUGCUCACUUGUGUGUCAAGUGGAGGUUAGAGAGACUGCUAUACUUCAGACUAUUACCCUAACAUAUUCUCUGGGCAGUGGCAUCAAAACAAAGCUGCAGUAACAAUGAACUGCCAGUCUUGUAUCAGUGCAUCAUUCCUCAGGACUAGGCUUCUAGUGAACUUGUCUGUGCAGUUUAAAAUAGCAGUUUUCUUCCUGUAGCUUAUAAAGCUCUGCUGGGCUAAGCCGGUCUGAGGUUAAGCAUAUGUUGUCGAUAUUUUUGCCAAGUCCCCCUUGACUUACAGGUUAUUGAUGUGACUUCCUCAUUGUAAGAUAGAUUUUUUUAUUUGAUAAAGAUGCUACCAAGGAGACCUAGUAGUAGACUGGGUUUUAAUCACUUGGGUGAAAUCCCCAUGCUGAUCCAUCAUCCCUCUGUAAAGCUGUAAGGUACAGCAUACUUCAUACUCCCUCAGCUCAAGAUUUGAUUGUUGCUGUGGUUGUCAUCAGCUAGUUCAGUCAGUCACUAAGCUGGAAGUUAAAGACUACUGCUUGCUUUUGAGUAACCAUUUUUCACAAGAACCUCACACUUUAUUUUAACAUCAGUAUCUUGUCUACAAAGCAGUAGGUAGUAUUUAAAUCUAGUCUAAAUACCUAAAGAUUUUAUUAAAACUUAGACCCAAUCUUGGGAUUGAGUUCUGGGGUUAAGCAUUUGGUAUGUUUUGUGCCUAGGCUUUGUGGGUUUCUGAUCACUAGAAUAACUACUAAUGUUGGUAGUAACAUCUGCUUAUCACUAUACAAGUGCUUGAGGAAUGGCCUCUUAGAAUAGAACUUGGACAAAUUACUUCAAUUUUAAACUGCCAGUAUACUACUGAUGGUACUUGUUUACUAACCCUCUCACUCAUUUAAUCAAGGUGCCAUAGUUGUUAGGCACAGCAAUAAGCUGACCAUAGUCGCUGGCAACUUUGUUUAAUUUGGGUGUUGGGAGAGCCAUAUGGAUAGUAAUACUUCUAGCCUUUGCGUCUAGGUCUUAAUCAACCAUUUGUUAAAUAUGGUGAAGUGUAUUUCAUAUGCUCUUUCAAUUAAAUUAGUUAUAAGGUGGGAUGCUGGGCGAUAGUUGUUGAAGCUUGGGGGGGAAUGGUUGGAGCACCCUAGUUUUUCUCACUUCAGUGAAGUGUCUGGAUUGGGCUUAUCUCUGACUAAAAUUGCACUUUCUGUUGAAAUUUAGAAGGCCCUUUUUUUUCUGUUUAUAUCUUGUAUUCUUUUUACUAUUAAAAGAAGUCAGCUCUUGGAAAAUAUGUUUCGUACCUCUUUGGAAGAAGCGAGUUUUUUUGUUGUUGUUGUGGUGUUUGGUUUUCUUUUUUUAAUUUAAGCUGGCAAAACAAGGUACGAGAAAUAUUUGAAUUUGUGAUGAGCCCAAAGGUGAGACUGGUCACAGUGACUUUGUCUGCUUUUCUUCACUAUUGUCUUCACUUGUCAUUCUUGGAAAUUGGGUUUUGGACCUUAAUGAUUCUGAAAUUCUUGUGCAAAUAAACUUAUACUAAACAC